UGUGCGGCUUCCGGGUGCGGAGUGGGGAGCUUGAAUUGGGUUAAAGGUGAAGAAGACGACCCGCAGCCUCUCUGCACAAUCUGAUCUCUUCCUGCAUAUUCUGACUCACCUGAGCCCACCAUGCUGCAGAACACGGGGAAGCUUGCUGGCUGCACACUCUUCAUCACCGGAGCGAGUCGAGGUAUUGGGAAGGCCAUCGCUCUUAAAGCUGCCAGAGAUGGUGCCAACAUCGUGAUUGCUGCCAAGACCGCCGAGCCCCACCCCAAACUGCCUGGGACCAUCUACACCGCAGCACAGGAGGUGGAGGCGGCGGGUGGCAAAGCGUUGCCAUGUGUGGUCGAUAUUCGGGACGAGCGCCAGGUCGGAGAUGCUGUGCAGAAAGCCGUGGAUGCGUUUGGAGGCAUCGACAUCUUGGUGAACAAUGCGAGCGCCAUCAGUCUGACGGGAACUCUGGAGACGCCGAUGAAGAAGGUCGACCUGAUGCUGGGGAUAAACCUGAGAGGAACUUAUCUGACGUCGAAGCUGGUCAUCCCUCACCUGCUGAAGAGUCAAAAUCCUCACAUCUUGAAUCUGUCGCCGCCGCUCAACCUCAACCCCGUCUGGUUCAAGAACCACACUGCGUACACGAUGGCGAAGUACGGUAUGUCCAUGUGCGUCCUGGGAAUGGCCGAAGAGUUCAGAGGUCAAAUCGCCGUCAAUGCCCUCUGGCCUAAAACAGCUAUCCAGACCGCAGCCAUGGACAUGCUGGGCGGAGAGGGUGUUGGUAAACAGUGUCGGAAAGCUGACAUCAUAGCGGACGCCGCCUACGCCAUCCUGUCCCGCCCCAAGGACUACACGGGUCACUUCCUUGUGGACGAGGACAUCCUCAGAGAACAGGGCGUCAGAGAAUUCGAGCAGUACGCCAUCCAACCGGGUCACCCUUUGCUGCCAGACUUUUUCCUGGACGAGACCCCCGAGUCACUGGUGGAGAAGAUGGAGCAGCACGGGGCAACCCCAGCCUUCAAACCGCCAUCCUCAUCAGCCACGCCCACCUCUGCUGGACCAGUAGAAAGCACAUUUGAUGUCAUCAAAGGAGCCAUUAACGAAGAUGUUGUUAAGUCGACUCAGGGCAUCUAUCAGUUCGACCUGUCAGGAGAGCACACGGGCAUUUGGUUUCUGGACUUGAAGAAUGGCUCCGGCAGCGUGGGGCAGGGCGAGCCCCCGGCCAAAGCUGAUGUUGUCAUGAAAAUGGACUCCAGUGACUUCAGCAAGAUGUUUUCAGGGAAGCUGAAGCCCACGAUGGCGUUCAUGUCGGGAAAGCUGAAGAUCAAAGGAGACAUGACGCUCGCGAUCAAGUUGGAGAAACUGAUGAACCGCAUGAACAAGGCCAAACUGUGAAACUGAAGCCCUGCCCACAGGCCUACAGGCCCCACCCCCUCACCUUUUGUAGCUGUACAUGUUGCCUUAAUAAAAACUCAUUAACACCUCAAUAAAGGUACAUUGAUAACAAA